GGCUACCCGCCCGGAACGCAUGAACAGUGGCAACAUUUUCCCACGCAAUGCAUUCUGGGUCGUCUUAUGAAAAUGGCGGACGAAGUUGAGCAGCAACAGAGCAGCAACACGGUCGAAGAGCCGCUGGACCUGAUCCGUCUGAGUCUGGACGAGAGAAUCUACGUCAAGAUGAGAAACGACAGAGAAUUACGGGGCAGACUCCACGCUUACGACCAGCACUUAAACAUGAUACUCGGAGACGUAGAGGAGACAGUGACCACAGUGGAGAUAGACGAAGAAACGUAUGAGGAGUUGUACAAGUCCACGAAGAGGAACAUCCCCAUGCUGUUUGUCCGAGGAGAUGGUGUUGUCCUGGUAGCUCCUCCCCUCAGGGUUGGCUAGCUCCUCCCUCGGCUGCAGGCUUAGGACUCCCUGUACUACAACCAUCUCUUUCACUCUCACUGAGGAACAACACAAGUUCAGCCCUGUUUCAAUUCUCUAAAGAUCCAGCCUUCCUCACUUCCUUAUGCUAAUGUCUGAUGGAACACAAUACGAUGGGCGUAAGCAUGGUGUCUCGCUACACCGCUUAUACCCAUCUGUUACACAUAUGGUCAGUGAUUUCUGUGAGGAUGGGAGGUUGCAUGUCUAGAGAAUCCAAACAGGGACUUGGUCUUUUGAUAGUGUUUUUGUUGCAACUCUGACACAUAUAAUCUUCUUUCCUCAUAUAAUUUGGUAUGUUUUAAGUUGAAGCAGGAUAUGAUUUGACCUCUUCUUAUAGUGAACCACCCAGAAGACUGUUUAAAGCCCAGAGGUCAUGACCCCUGCUCGUCCUGUCAUGACCAUACUUCCUGUUUUGAUUUGAACUAAACAACGGGGGGAUCACUGUCCCCAGCUCUUGUGUUAGGAGCCUCUGGGUCAUCUCUGGGUGGGGGCUAAUUUUAUAUUUUUGUAAAGGUUGUGGAAGCAACGGCAUGGCAGCCCUUUUUUUGGUUGGUUGGUUGUGACACUAUUGAAUAAUAAAAAACAAAGACGUUUGUAAAGACUA